GUAAAUGUCGUUCAAAGAAUCAAACUUUCGAGUUGAAAAUAAAUCUACCCAUCAGCAAAAUCAGCAGUGCAAUUGAGGAAGAUUAUCCUUGAUCAGUUCUUGAAUUCUUUGUUCACCUGAAGUUAGCUAGAAACAACUAUUGUACCUAAGCAGGAUGGAGGUUGGAGAUAACAGACGACGAUUAAUCUUCUCCUUGAUGCGCCUUUUGGAGGAUGAUUGUAACAAGUGUACAAGUGAUGUCAGGGAGAGUCUAGAAGUGGCAAUGCAGUGUAUUGGAGAAGUGUACGGAGUGCAGUCACAAGACCAGCACCAAGCCAGCAGACUGGGAGUGCAAUUUGACCUGCAGACUGUUUUCGACAAGGCGGCAGAGAAAGAAUGUACGCUGACAGAGGAACAGAAAGCAGAAGCACAGCUUCUCAAGGAAAAAGGCAAUGACCUCUUGCGCAAAGGAGAGUUUCAGCAGGCCGUCGAUAUGUAUAGUAAAGCGAUUGCCGUCGACAGGAACAAUGCUAUUUAUUUCUCAAACAGAGCUGCAGCGUACGCUAAACUACAGCAGCAUGACCGCGUGGUUGAAGACUGCCAGGAGGCGAUUAGAAUAGACCCGGCAUACAGCAAAGCACAUUCUCGACUCGGAAAUGCACUCAACAUGCUGGGACGCAAAGCUGAAGCCGUAGAGUCUUUCAAGAAGGCAGUGGAAUUGGACCCUUCCAACCAGGCCUACAAAGACACUUUGGACACCGUUAAUGCAGAGAUGCAGUCACAGCAGAGUGCAGCACCAGCUGGUGCAGGUGGAAUGCCUGCUGGCAUGCCAGAUUUGAAUGGAGUUGACUUUAGUGCCAUGCUGAACAACCCCGGUUUUAUGAGUAUGGCGGCCAAUCUUGUAAACACACCUGGAUUCGCCAACAUGGCAUCGUCUAUGAUGGGUGCUGGUGCUGGUGCUGCUACUGGUGCUGCUGGCGGCGGUGGUGCUGUUCCCGGACAGUCUGGCGGUGGCUUUAUGCAGACUGCCCAGAGAAUAGCGGAGCAGAUGCAGGAGUCGAAUCCGGAGCUGAUGGAGCAAGUACGCCAGCAGAUGUCUGGUCAAGGCGGCGGUGCGCCUGGUGCACCUGGCCCUGGUUCUCAGUGAGGAGAUAUCACCACUGUCACCGGCUUCCACGCCUGUGUUUCCAACCAGGGUGAAGCGAGUGUGCUGUGUUCGUGGCAGACUGUCGUUGAGAGGAGGAUGCAUUGCCUGCACUCUCACCUACUAGUCGGGCAGUUGAGAACACGUGUUGUGCACCGGGUGUGCGCCUAUGACCAGUACACCAAAUGGCUGUUCCCGUCGUUCUCCCCACCUAGCUGCUUGCACACAGACAUUGCCGACACCAGUGUCUUCUACUGCUGCUGCUGCUGCCCCGGGUAGGGUACCAUCAAGAGACGUGAGAAUAUGUUCUGGGGAAAGUUGGACGACGGCAUCACUCCCGAUUGCUUUAUUGCUUCUUCUGGUACCGCAGCUGUUUUUGUGCUGUGCACAUAAUUUUUUUCUCAAAAGCUGAAUCAACUGUUGUUCAAAUUAUCGCUGCUUCAUGAAAUCGUCAGCCUUUGUUCUGAACACACUAUGUACAUACCGAGUAUUUGUAUUCAGUGUCCGACCAUAUGUACAUGACGCACAAUUAUGCCCCUGGGUAUCUUUCUUUUCCUGCCUCUGCGGCAUAACGUUUAUUAUGCCAUUUGAUGUUUUUGUUUUUUUUGUUUUUAAAUCUUUACCAGUAUGUACAUGAGAGAUAAGCCAAUGUGUCGAAGCA